GAGAUUAAUGCUUGCUUUGACAGUGAGUGGUAGUGCUGGCUGGCUUACUUCAAAUAAAGCAUAUGGACCCAGACAUUUCCACAACAGAACCACUUCCAAAGGUUAAUUUUCUUCUUGAGAAAAAUCAAAACUCUUAAUUUCUAGGUUUGCACAAUAAUAAGCACCACAAUACACCCAACUCCCUAGAUAUUACCUCUACAAUCAGAUUUUAGCACCAUUAAAUGUAAACAUCAGAACAAACAAAAGGGAUUUUUUGUGAGAACACAUGAAAAGUUAUAUUCUGUGUGUGUCUGUCUUGCUGAGCUGAGUAAUUGUGAGUCUAUGGGAUGUCAUAUACUUAGAGGUCUUGGGCAAAGAGCAGAUUUUUCCAUUUGUCUCAUCAGAGCAGGUGUAGAAAUGGUUGGCACGAAACCCAUGGACGUCAUGGUGCCCUCUCCGGCAGUUAAAUUCUUCGGAGCAGGCACUGCCGCUUGCAUCGCUGACCUCGUCACCUUUCCCUUGGAUACUGCCAAAGUCAGACUACAGAUUCAGGGAGAGGCUAGUAAAAUCGAAGGGGCCUGUGUGACAAAGUACCGAGGAGUGUUUGGCACCAUCAUGACCAUGGUGCGCACAGAGGGGCCCAGGAGUCUUUACAACGGCCUGGUGGCAGGACUCCAGAGGCAGAUGAGCUUCGCCUCUGUCCGAAUCGGCCUUUAUGACUCCAUGAAGCAGUUUUACACACGAGGCACUGAGAGCGCUGGGAUUGUAACUCGGCUCAUGGCAGGCUGCACCACAGGAGCCAUGGCUGUGGCUUUUGCCCAACCAACAGAUGUGGUGAAGGUGCGUUUCCAAGCCCAGGUACGACUGGCUGAUGGUGGCAGGAGGUACAACAGCACCCUGGAUGCCUACAGGACAAUUGCGCGAGAUGAGGGAAUAAGGGGCCUUUGGAGAGGCUGCAUGCCCAACAUCACUCGUAACGCCAUUGUAAACUGUGCAGAGCUGGUGACCUAUGACAUGAUCAAGGAACUCAUCCUGAAGUAUGAUCUAAUGACAGACAACCUGCCCUGCCACUUCACAGCUGCCUUUAGUGCAGGUUUCUGCACAACAGUUGUGGCCUCUCCUGUGGAUGUAGUCAAAACACGCUUCAUGAACUCAGGAGUUGGCCUGUACAGCAGCGCGAUCAACUGUGCUCUCACCAUGCUGAGAAAUGAAGGACCCAAAGCUUUUUAUAAAGGGUUCACGCCUUCUUUCUUGCGACUGGGGUCUUGGAACAUCGUGAUGUUUGUGUCGUAUGAACAGAUUAAGCGAGGAAUGACUAGGGCACAGACCUGCUGGGAGUCGCCUUUUUGACCUCAGCUCAUUAGAUUUCAAGGUUGCAGAGACACAAAGGCCUUGCCAUUACCACAGUGCAGCUGAGACCAGUGGUGACCCAUUGUUGGAAAAGGAGAUCUUCAAAUACAAAAAAAGAGCCGGGAGUCCUAGGUCACAUUACUGAAGUGGCUCAGAGGAGAUGCUGAUGCAUAAGAGCUCAUGUUUUAUGAAGACCAAUGGAAGGAAGCAGUGACUCAUCAAACUCCUGAAUCACCAGGGACACUGUGGGCACACCAGCACCCCGCUUUGAAGAUGUAUUUUCAUGUUUACAAGAAUGAACUGUAUCUGCAUUCAGGGCAGGUUUUCCAUGAAAGAAACAGAGAAACUGGAUCAGACAAUAUUUGACCUCAACAGUAAUUAUGUCUAUGUCCUUUACUUUGUCUUCUUGUGGACUGUUUACAAUGUUAACCCUUAUAUAUUCUGCAUGUAGUCAGGAAUUUGUAGGUUCAUCUAUGUGCUACUGAUUGUAAAUAAUGUGAUGUAUCGCUGGUCGAUAAGUCAUAUGAAUAGAAUAUAUUAUACAUGAUAGUGAAAUGAAAAAAAAAAUAAAG